UUGUAUCGUUUUGACAUACUGUUUUAAUGUUUAUUUCUUCGCUGCGGAGUAAUUUACAAUGCAGAGCAAAAAGGUGCUGUUGUAUAUCUUGCUGCAUCUCGUCAGUAUUUGGUCGAUAACUUCAGGGAAGUCCGUAUGGAAAUGCCGUGUCCGAACAGCGCAAUCUCCUUGUCUUGAUGAAAUCUGCCAAUGGAGACUUUUGGAUAAAUUUCCACCAAAACUUUACGAUUGUCCUCCGCUGGUAACGCAGCCGCUAUUACUUAACGCCCGGUCGAAGCCGGUAUCCUCCAUGCAAACGAUGCCGCGUGGGCCGAUGGAGAUACGAUCUGAUGUUGCACUGGCAUCAGUUAAUGGCAUCAACGCCGCACAGUCCAAGCGGCCCGAUUCGAAGGCAAUUCCGCCUGUUCCCAAAAGCAGCCGACGGUGGGCCCAUCCUGGAGGUCUCCUUUUUGGCCAUCCGCACUUGAGAUGGACGCCAAAGGCCACUUGAGGUUCAGCGCUGAAUUAUUGGCCGUCCAUCUGAUCAUGCGGGCUUUUGAUCAAAUUUUCGGGUGUAUCGCGUUGACCGUUUUCUUUAAACUUUACUACUCUAGAUUGAGUAGCUAGUUGUACCGUCACGAGAUGAUGUAUAUUUAGCUUUCACAUUUUUCUCUCUUACUG